AUGAGUGAAAAAAGAAAAUCGAGUUCUUCUAGUUCUUCAAUACUAUCUUACUUCAAAAAAAGUAAUAAUUCAAUAAACGAUCAAAAUGAUAUUGACGAAACAUUAUUACCAUCAACAUCCACAGUUUUUACGCCUUUAACUGAUAUUUUAGAACCGUCAAGUUCUACAAAUUUGACUCAUCCUGCUUCUAAUAAUGAUAUUAAAAUAAUAAUUAAAACAUAUGAUAUUGGCUUAUAUAUACAGCAAAUUAUAGAUGAUCAUACUCGAUAUAAUUUAUUAAAAAACCAUUGGGUUGCACCAAAGAGUUAUGUAUAUCCAUUUUCUUUACAAAAUUUGAAAGGAAAAGAAAUACGUCAACAUUUACAACAAAAACAUUUGGAUAUGUAUCCAUGGAUUGUAUAUUCAGAAAGCAAAAAUGGACUAUAUUGUAAAUAUUGUACUUUAUUUUACUCUGGUGGUCAUGGUACUGGAAAAAAAAAUUAUAUGACUCUUGGUUUACUAGUAAAUAAACCAUUACAAAAUUUUAAACAUUUAAUGGGAAACACAGGAGAUCUUCACUCCCACGAAAUAACUAAAUAUCAUAUUGAAUCAGUUUUGAGAGCGCAGGAUUUAAUAAAGACAUACGAAAACCCUUCUCUUGAAGUUGUUAGUCAGAUAGAUUCUAACCAUUUGAAACAAAUAACAGAAAAUAGAAAUAGAUUGCGCUCCAUUAUUAAGUCUGUAUUACUUUUAGCUCGCCAAAACAUACCUUUUCGAGGUCAUCGGGAUGACGGACCUUUGUUGAAAAAUAAUGAAUUAUCUCCAAAACUGAACGAAGGAAAUUUUCGAGAAAUAUUAAAAUUUCGAAUUGAGUCUGGUGAUAUGGAAUUAGAAAACCAUUUAAAAAAUACAAGUUCCAAAGCUACUUAUAUAAUCAUACGGUAUAUUAAUGAGGAUUACACUGUUCAAGAAGAUUUCCUUGGUUUUAUAGAUCCACACAGUUAUAAUUUCGAAAAUUCUGAAAUAGAACCAAAAUUAAAUGGUAAAAUAUUAGGAGAAACCGUUUUAAAAUUAAUGAACAACUUCAAUUUGGAUUUGAAUAACUGCGUUGGUAUUGCUACUGACGGUUGUAGUGUUAUGGCUUCAAAAGUAUGUGGUGCAGUAAAAACUAUUCUGGAAAAGAUACCCAGUGCUGUCAGAUGUCCAUGUUUUAACCAUGGCUUGAAUCUUGCAAUUUCUAAAGGUUGUCAAAUUCAGUCCAUCCGGAAUAGUUUUGGACAAAUUAAAGAAAUUAUUUCAUUUUUUCGUGGAAGUUCGAAACGAAAUUUUGUACUAAAAUCUGUUCUACAUUCCUCACUACAGUCACUUUGUGAAACUAGGUGGGUUGAGAGGUAUACAGCAGUGACACAAUUUUUGACUGGAAUUUCGGAAAUUAUGGAUUCUCUUCAUAAAAUAAGCAAUUGGAAUGAUCGAGAAUCAUCUAGUAAAGCCAAGGUUUUAUUGAAUUCAAUUGACUGCGAAUUCAUCAUCACUCUUUAUGUUGCUUCACAUAUAUUUUCAAUUACACAACCAUUAAGCGUAAUUUUGCAAAAAAAAAAUUUUGAUAAACAGUCUGCAGUUAACUACAUAAAUAAAACUAUUGAAAUUUUAAAUAAACUUAGAUUAGAAGGCGAAACAGUGUUUAAAGAUUUGUACUUCAAAGCUGUGGAACAAAUGGAUAAAUUAGAAAUUACUGUAAAAAAGCCAAGAACAAAAUCAAUAUACAGCAUCACAGACAGAAUCCAGAGAUUACAAAGGUGUGAAAAUGAGCGCUCCCCACUGCAAUUAGUGAUCAUGAGGCAAAGGAAAAUCCUUGUGGCAACUUCCACGUUUGGGAAUGUUUCUGCUAAUUUGUCUGCUUUUAUUAAAGAAUGA